UUUUAGGAGAGUAAUUUUAUGGUUUUUAGAUAUUAGAAGAAAUGAAUCCUGCAGAACUUAUUUUAACUCCAACUAGAGAGAGAUUAUUCAGAGCUUGUAAAUCGCCAUGUCAUAGUAAAACUGAAUCUCAACAAAAAAAUAAUACAGAAGAGCAAAAUCUUAAAGAGGCUGAAAGGAAUAAAUAUAAACAUUCUAGAAAAAAUCAAGAUUUUGCUUCUGAUUUAAUUCAAAACUUUCCAUUUAUUCAAAGUCAUUUUGAGAUAUUGAAAACUGUUGGAGAAGGGACAUUCAGUGUUGUCUACUUAGCAAGGUUACGUGAAGAUAAAUCACAAAUGUAUGCAAUCAAGUAUUUAGUACCAACUAGUUCUCCAGGGCGGAUAGAAAAUGAAUUGCUUUGUCUUCAAUUGUUGGGCGGGAAAAAUAAUGUUUUGCCUGUGAAGACUGUCAUGCGAAAUAGAGAUCAUGUUAUUUUUAUUCUCCCUUACUUCCCACAUCAAAGGUUUUCAGAUUUUGUAAAGCAUAUGACAGUAAGAGAUAUUCAAGAAUAUAUGUGGAAUCUGUUAAUUGCAUUGAAACAUGUGCACAAGAAAAAUAUCAUUCAUCGGGAUGUUAAACCAAGCAACUUUUUGUAUAGUAAAGAAUUAAAAAGAUAUACCUUAAUUGAUUUUGGUCUUGCUAUGUCAGUUCCUGGUUGCAAAACAACUUUGUUGAAAGACUAUACUGUUGUGUCAUCUACACCUUUAACUGCUGAAAAAUCAGUAAAAGAGAGCGGAAUACAAAAACUUGGUAAAGUAUGCAAACAUCCAACAUCAUAUAUAUGUAUUGUUUGUAGACAAAGACCACGCCAAUGUGCUCCUCGUGCUGGUACAUCUGGGUUUCGUUCUCCAGAGGUUCUGGCUCGUUACGCUAAACAAACAACUGCUGUAGAUAUGUGGUCUGCUGGUGUGAUUUUUUUAUGCAUGUUAAGUAGACGCUACCCUUUCUUUAAAGCUUGUGAUGAUAUGGAAGCGUUGUCUCAAAUAACUGCUUUGGUUGGCACACAAAAAAUGACAUUAUUUGCUGAAACCAUAGGUAAAGACUUUGUGUUUGGGCCAGUCCUAGAAGCAGUAGAUCCUUACAAAGUUUUGUGUAAUAAGCUAGCACAGCGAGUAUGUCCUAAGCAUACUCAGCUUGAUUUGAAUUUGCUUCAAGAACAUCCAGAAAAAAAAGGAAAACGAAAACGUGAAGAAGAUUGCGAAUCGGACGCGGAUAUUAGUUAUAAAAAACAUGACAUUUCUGAGAAGACAUGUGAACAAACACGAACAAAUGUUAGCUUGAAUAAUCAGGUACUUAAAGACGAUAAUUCCCCCAAAAACGCAAAAUACACGAAUACCAGUUUCAAAGAUACUCAAACAAUUGCAAAUAUUUGUUUUAAAAAUGAUCAAACACCAACGAAAGUUGAUUUUAAAGAUCAAACACUUAUCGAUCUCAUAGGUAGCGAAAAUGACAAUCAAAUUAAUAAUGACGGUUCACAUAAUUUAAUAAAAACUUCUUAUGUUCCAAAAGUUAGCAAAAUAACGGAAAUAAAUCGAGAAGUUAAAAAUCAAAAUCAAGAAAAUGAUGCAGAAAGUAAUGAAUGUCUGUGUAUUCCUGACAGUGCUUUUAAUUUGUUAGAACGUUUACUGGAGUUAGAUCCUCAGAAACGAAUAACAGCCGAAGAAGCAUUGCUUCAUCCUUUUUUAUCGGCUGUUAAAAGUUCGUCUAAACUAGAUAAAACUUAAAAAAAUAGGUGAAAAAAUUAGCGUUUUGUUUUCAACUCAUCGUUAAGCUGUUUUCUAGUAACAAAAUACUUUCAUUUUGGUUUUUCUUAAGUUUAAACUUUUUUAUACUUAAAUUUUUUAAUGCAAAAAAGUUAUUUCUUCUGAUCAUAUUCCACUGAAUAUUUGAAA